AUGAGAGCUUAUCUUUUUCAAGACGAAGGAGAUCAGAGAAAGCCAAAUGACUCGGGCAUACCUAUCAGUGAAGCAGAACUUAAUGAUGCAAAGGUAAUCAGCUCACAUUCUGAUGGUGAUUUAUAUGCGUUCGCUGACGAAUUGAUGAAAAAAUAUGGUUUUCAAAGUCGUGAUGAAGUAACUGUCAGCCGUGCUACGUUAGGUGAACGAUACGAUUCCAUGGUCAAAAAGUUCUUUGAAGAGCACUUACAUGAAGACGAGGAAAUUCGUCUCAUUAUGGAUGGGAAGGGCUAUUUCGAUUUGCGCUCAGUCGAUGACAAGUGGAUUCGUAUUUUCAUGGAAAAAGGUGACUUAAUCAUUUUACCAGCUGGAAUUUACCACCGGUUUACCACUUCUAGUGAUGAUUACAUUCAUGCUAUGCGUCUUUUCAGAGAAAACCCCAAAUGGAUUGCCCUUCCACGUUCUGACGAAACCGAUAACGUAGAUGCUCGUCAAGUUUAUAAAAAUUUGAUCUCAUCUUGA